UCUAACGUCCAAUUAAAAAAAAAAAAUCGGUGGGGAACUUUGGUCGUCCCUUCCCUGGUCCCGUUUCCUUCGUCAGUCGGUGUUCCUCUUCCCAUCGCGUCCGACGAACCUGGCGGCGACGCCCCUGCACUCUCGUCGAAGAUCAUGCAAGGAACUUAUAUAAGGCUUAGAUGCCAAGGCCUCUUUCUUCUUUUCUUAAUUCGAACAAAAUGAGUUCAGCUUGUCCAUUUGCUAAAGGAGCUUCAGCCAAUGCAGCCUGUUCAAUGAGGCCUGAACCGAAUCAAGAAAAUGUUGAGCAUAACGUCAAGGGAAAUGAUGAGAGCAAUGACUCUGAUACUAUAUCUCCAAAAUGUCCAUAUGGCUUUGACUCACAAACUUUUAAGCUUGGUCCUUUAAGUUGCAUGAUUUGCCAAAGCUUGCUCUAUGAGAGCAGCAAAUGUACACCAUGUUCCCACAAAUUUUGCAAAAUUUGCAUAUCCCGCUUUAAUGAUUGCCCACUUUGUGGCGCUGAUAUAGAAAAGAUUGAGCCUGAUAAAGAACUCCAGGUCAUGGUUGAUCGCUUCAUUGAUGGUCAUGCUAGAAUCAAGAGGUCCCAAAUUAAUACAGAUGCAAUGGAAGGAAAAGAUGUUCCCCAAACCGUGAUAUAUGGUGAUGUCUCCAUGGAACGUGGUUCUUUCCUAGUGCAACAGGCUAUGAGGGCCUUCCGUGGACAAAAUGUAGAGAGUGCUAAAUCAAGACUCAGUAUGUGUGCAGAGGAUGUCAGAAAACAGUUGGAGACGUUGGGAAACUCAUCUGAAUUAUGUUCACAACUUGGAGCUGUUCUAGGGAUGCUAGGGGAUUGCUGUCGAGCAAUGGGGGAUGCUAAGUCAGCUAUUGAUUUCUAUGAAGAGAGUGUCGAGUUUCUCUCAAAACUGCCUACCACUGAUAUUGAGUUGGUGCAGACACUCUCUAUUUCUUUAAAUAAAGUUGGAGAUAUUAAAUAUUAUGAUGGAGACUUGCAAUCAGCAAGAAAUUAUUACGCAAAAGCUUUGAAUUUUCGUCGAAAUGCUGUCAAAGAGAACUCCAGUUUGUCUUCCCAGGUUGUUGAUGUAGCUGUUUCUCUUGCCAAAGUUGCUGAUGUGGAUAGAAAUCUAGGAAAUGAAGAUUUCGCAACAAAUGGAUUCAAGGAAGCAAUAAGCUGUCUGGAAUCAUUAAACCUGAGUUCAAAUGAAGUGGGACUAGAACAAAAGCGCAAGUCUGUACUGGAAUUUUUGAACAAACAGCUUGCAGAGAAAAGAUCGUCAAGCCAUUGAUGCUGUCGUUUGAUGAGGUUUGCAUGCAACACCCACCAUAAUCACUAUUGGACCAAGUAUGGUUGAGUGUCAUGCAUACUUAUAUUAUAUGAGGUGGCAAAAAAUUAGAUUAGCUGUUUACACGAUCUACAUAUCUUUUAUGGUUUGCAGGACUAUGCUUUGAACGUGCAAGUAUAGACAGUAACCAGAGGGCUAAUAAUUGAUGCUCUGUAUGCACAUGAACGUUUUUCGUACUUUUGAUGAUAAAUAUAUGAAAUUUAAUGCACUAUAGCCUUUACAGUUUA